AACUGGGCUCUUCAUUCGGAUUUGUCUCGGUGAUUUAAUUCCAGACAAAAUGUGUGGGAGAAGAUAUCUUGGAUUUGUGCUCCUGGUUUGGUUACAAGGAGUGCUGCAUGUGCAAACGUCAGAUCAGCCUUGUUCAGCUCCAAAACUGAAUAAUGGUUAUUUGGACCCUGAAGAACUCACUUACAAUCAUGACUCAAAGCUCACUUAUUCCUGUGAUAAAGGACGUAAACCUGCAGUGGAGGGUUGGUGGGCGACAAGCACAUGUCACAAUGGCACAUGGUCUCCUGAACCACAAUGUAUAGAUGAAAAAGACUGCCUUGCACCAAAUAUACCCAAUGCAAAAUAUGCAGAAAACCAAAGUGGUUGGUAUGAGGAUGGACACACAAUCAGGAUAAGAUGUAAUGAAGGAUAUGUCCCCAAAGGCUGGCGUGUCACAACCAAAUGUAUCAAUGGAAAUUGGUCAUCUGUGCUGAUCUGUGAGAAAUGUAUCCAUGCAUGUAGUGAGCCCCCUCAAGUCCCCCACACAGUGAUCAUUUUCCAGGGAUUCCAGGACUUCUUUGCUCCAGAUACAGAAUUGCAGUAUGAAUGUGAAGAUGGGUAUACUAUAGAGGGAGCAGACAACAAGAAAACCAUCUACUGCUUAUCUGGAAACUGGAUUCAAGGCCCUGUGUGCAGCGGUGGAACGGAUCGUGGACAUGGUGGAUCUGGAGGACACGCCACAUCUGCUGGGAGUGGGACACAGCCUGAGUGGGGAGUCGAAGUUUGUGGAAAACCCCCCGUAGUUCCUAAUGGUGAUGUUGUGGGAUAUGGUCAAAGGUAUUUGAGGUACGAAUGCUCUAGUUUUUACAAACUAGUGGGUCCAGAGAAAGUGGUGUGUUACAGCGAUGGCACGUGGUCAAACGUACCCUACUGCAGAGUCAACUUCUGUUCAGUGGACACUGAUGGACAUCCACUUUUAAAACCUGCUGGAGUUCAUUACAUGAAAUAUGGGGAGGAGGUGAGAUUGCCAUGUGUGCGGGAUCCUUCCUGGUGGACGGAUCACUAUUCUUUGGUCAAGUGCAUCAAUGGAAGAACGUUUGUUUACGAUUGUUGUACCAGGUUUGCACGAAAGUCGGAUCGCUGCUAAGGCUGCAUCAUCAAGGGGAAGAUACUUCCGCCUUUGCAAUUGCUGAAAACAGCCUGGAAACCUUUGAGAGAUAAAUAAGUAAUCAUUACGUCAAAAAGAUUCUGACUUUUUAUCUGUGAAUGGCCACAUAGUUGUAGAAGCAAUUUGUUUGCAUGUUUAAAGCUGCAAAAAAUAAGGUCUCAAUAAAGUCUUGAAUUUCAACACAAAA